AUGGGUCGCAGUCGCUCUCGGUCGCGGUCUCCUGCCCGCUCUCGGCGUCAUGGGGGCCCCUCCUCCUCCUCGUCGCGCCGCGACCGCCACGCGUCCUCGUCCCGCCGCCGCAGUCGCAGCAGGAGUCGAAGCCGGAGCCAAACGCGCAGCAGGCGCCGCGAGGACGCGUCGCCUCCGCCCGCUCAGGGCGACGACAAGAACGGCGAGAUCUCGCUGAGCAUCGAGGAGACCAACAAGCUGCGGCUAUCGCUCGGGCUCAAGCCGCUGUCCGUGGGCCCCUCCAAGAAGGAGCAGGCGGUCGUCAGCGUGCAGAAGAGCAGCGCGCAGCUCGAGGCCGAGCGCGAGCAGCAGGAGCUCAAGCGCAAGCUGCAGCAGUCGCGCACAAGGCGCGAAUUAACCCAAAAAUUAGCCGGUAAAUCGCUCGGCGAGCAGUUAAAAGAGGACCUGGAGGCGCAAAAGAAGGGUCAAAAGAAGGGUAGCCAUGAUGCUCUGGAGUGGAAGGAGGAGAAGUAUGACGCCGCCGCGCUGGCUGGUAUGACUGUGGGUCACGCGCUGGACACCUUUGAGGACGGACAGGAAGUUGUACUCACGUUGAAGGAUUCACGCGUGCUCGGUGAGGACGGCAAGGACCUCAAUGAGGCGGAGGACGAGCUCGUGAACGUCGAGCUGAGUGAAAAAGACCGGCGGUUGGAGCACCAGGCGCGCGCCAAGCGUGCCGCAAUGCCCGUGUACUCAGGCUACGAUGACGAUGAGUUUAUUGAGAUGGGGAGCUCCAGGAAGAGGAAGAACGGGACUAAGUUGUUGGCCCAGUAUGACGAGGAGCAGGACGUGGCGGAGGCCGCGGAGGCGAGGAAGUUUAAGCUGGACGCUACGGGAGGAUCAGCGGUGCUGGAGAGUGAGGGGAAGCAGGAAGAAGAGGACGACGUGGCGGUGAUUUCGCUGUCCAUGGAUCGCACCAAGCAGGCGGAGGAUUACUACACGAAGGAGGAGGUGGAAGCGCAGUUUGCCAAGAAGAAGAACAAGAAACUGAGAAAGAAGAAGAAGAAGAAAUCGCAGGAGGGAGGGGACGCUGUGUCGCUGGUAGCCCAGUUGGAGCAGGAGGCGCUGCAGGCUGGCGCUUCUGGAUCUAAAGACCGCGGAAAGCGGAAGCGUAGCCGUCGCGAGGACGACGAAGACCCUGAGGAGGAAGAGAACUUGCUUCGCUUUCAGGAGGCGCGAGAGAAGGCGAAUGCUGUGGCGUCGGAGGCGCUGGCUGCCAGCUCGGGUAAGAGGCGGAUGAAGCGACGCCCAGUUGAUGACAGCGAGAUUGUGGACGAUGCCGCCGCUAUAGAGAUGGAGCUUGGCGCUUCGCUGGCUCGCGCGCGGCAAUUGGCACAGCAGCAGAGUCAGACGCAGACACCCGUUGCACCGACAACCACUGUCAGUAGCAAGCCGGUUGGUCAAGUGUUUGGCGAGGUCGGCACCACAUCAAACACGGUGGUCUUCAACGAGGCUACCGACUUCGAGACUCGGCUACGUGACGCCAUGGAGAAGCGUGCGGCCCAGUUUCAGGCUGCAACUGGCGAGCAGAAGCACGAAGACGACAUGGAGAUUGACGAGGAGACGAAAGAGGAGGACAACGAUGAAGACGAAGAGACUAAAGAGAAUGAGGUGUGGGGCGAAGAGCAGCCACUGGUGGGCACGGGCAUGGGUGCGACAUUGGCGCUGCUUCGCAAGACGGGAGACCUCCGUCAGACUCGCGUUGAGCGCCAAGCCGGCCGUGCGAAUGAUGCACGUGACCGCAACUUCGAGGACGAUUUACGCAUCAAGAACGGCGUGAAGCUGGACUACCGCGACGAGUUUGGUCGUCUGCUCACCAAGAAGGAGGCCUUCCGUAUGCUGUCGUACAAGUUCCACGGCCACGAGCCAGGAAAGAAGAAAAAGGAGAAGCGCCUGAAGCAGCUCAAGGAGGAGCUCGAGGCGCAGAAGCUGCUCUCCGGAGAAGGCAGCACGAAGAUGAUGAAGGUGCUCGAGAAGAAGCAAAAACACACCAAGGAAGCUCACGUUGUGCUCUCCAGCGGAGUAUAG